UGCACUGUAGGUGGUAUUUGUUUGUAUUUUGCCAGGUUACUCAUCAUGCGCGACAUUUUUAAGAACGUGCACGUGUGAGCGACACGUGUGGUCUAACAAGGAGCACCAGGUGAGGAGAACCGAGGCGGCUUGAGUCUCGGACGAGGGGAUCUCUCUCUGACCAUGGCUUCUUCCUCCUCCGUCUCCUUCUCUCUUCCUCGCAUUCGAUCUUCGCUUCCCUCCAAACCCUACCACCUCCGCCUCCUCCUCCCCUCCCUCCCUCUCCUAGCCUCCGCCUCUCGAGUCCGGACACCGCUCCGGGCCUCCCGGAGGCUCUCCGGCUACCCCCAGGAAUCGGUGGUCGUGGUCCCCGAUCCUCGCGCUUGGGUCGGCGAUCUCCACGGCGAAGGCGGGGACGAUGAGGACGACGACGACGACGACGAGGACAACGACGACCGGAGCCUCGAUCUCCUCGUGCGCUUCCUCCACAACGUCUUCCGCAAGAUCUCGCGGCGCGCGCGCAGGGCCGUCCGAUCCGUUCUGCCCCCUCCGAUCCCCACUAAAUUGGUGGGAUUUUCGGUUAACGGGGUUUUAGUUCUGGCUUUGUUAUGGAUUUUUAAGGCAUUUCUUGAGGUGGUCUGCACGCUUGGGAGCAUGGUGUUUGUAAGCAUCUUGCUUGUCCGUGGAGCAUGGUCUGGUGUGUCCUACAUAAGAGAAAACCAGAAUAGCUUCAUGAACAGGAUUGACAGUGAUGACAGCAGAUGGAGUGGUGCACAGGCUGCCACUUGAUUGUUUGUUUGCCCCAUCUUCUGGGUAUAGGGAGCUUGAAGAGAAACUUGCCAUCAGAAUAUAAACAAAAGUCUCAUGUAUGCAGAUCUUGAGAUGAAAUAGAAAACAAUAAACUGCCGGUGGAAUGAUCUCAGAGGUAUCAGCAUCAACAACUAAAACCUGGUGAUAUUCUUUUGAAGGCGUAGCAAUUCAUACAAAUAUACACUACCAAGAGAAAGGAUCAUGUGUUUUAAAAUUCAAGGAGCCCUUUUGGGAUCUGGGACAGUAUUUUGUCUCAUCGUAGUAUUCUUUUUGAGACAGGGUUGUGCAGAUGGGUUCCAAGUGAAGGACAGUCAAACAAUAGGAAUUUGCUAUGAUGGCAGCUGCCACUCGAUAUCUUUGGGAUAAUUUGUAAUUUUGUAUUACUUUACAGAUCCUGCCAAGUUAUGCGUGGUGAUAUAAGCCAAGGGGGAUGAAGCUAGCUCACCUAGGAACCUUGUUUGCGACCAUUAAGUAUGUAACAAAAUAUCUUAAUCUACAACGAUUAACUGUUGAGUCAGUGAGCGGUUUUCCCAACGAGGAGCUAUUUUCUGCAUUUCAAAUCAUUUGUCUUGAAAGCAAAUUGAUGUCAUUUAGCAUCUUGGAAACUGCUCAUUGUUAUAACUACUACAGCUCAUUUUAUAAUCAA